UGGUACGACGAGGAGGCCCGGGAGCGCCAGGCGGCCCAGUGCCCUCAGCACCCCGGGGAGGCGCUGCGCUUCCUGUGCCAGCCCUGCUCCCAGCUGCUGUGCCGAGAGUGCCGCCUGGACCCCCAUCUGGACCACCCCUGCCUGCCCCUGGCCGAGGCCGUGCGUGCCCGGAAGCCGGGCCUGGAGGAGCUGCUGGCGGGCGUGGACAGCAACCUGGUGGAGCUGGAGGCAGCCCGGAGGGCCGAGAAGGAGGCCUUGGCGCAGCUGCGGGAACAGGCGGCCCGGGUGGGGACGCAGGUGGAGGAGGCGGCCGAGAGGGUGCUCCGAGCCCUCCUGGCCCAGAAGCAGGAGGU